AAAACAGAUAACCUACACACACAGAGUUAAGUAGAACGCUCUCUCCGACUACGACGGCAAAUAUGUCACCGGCGGCGAUUGAGAAAUCCAGCAGGAUUCAUCACAUUGUUAGAGUCCGACAGAUGCUCCGCCGUUGGCGGAGGAGAUCCUCGUCCUCGUCCUCAUCUUCUCGGCGUUUCAUCGCAAGCGAUGUGCCGGCAGGACACGUAGCGAUCUGCGUCGGAGCAAAUUGCAGAAGGUUUAUCGUGCGAGCGUCGUACUUGAAUCAUCCGGUUUUCCAGAAGCUUCUGAUGGACGCCGAAGAAGAAUACGGCUUCACGAAUACCGGUCCGCUGAUGAUUCCGUGUGAAGAAUCGGAGUUCGAAGAGAUCCUCUGGUUCGUAUCUCGGCCGGAGCUUGAUAAUAACAAAAAGGCGAGAUGUCUCGUUGAUCUCGAGGAUUUUCAGAGAUGUUGCCACGUGGAUUAUGUAGGUGAAUCUAAGCCGCUCCUUCAUGGACGAGUGUGUUAAAUAUAUAUUCUAUAUGCUGCUCUAGUGUUAGUAGCGAGUUAGUCACUGAGUCAACUCGGUCCGAGUUUGAUAAUCUAACUACUAUUCUAAAUUUUUUUUAUGACUAGAAGUGGUUAGAGCAUAUUUUUUCAAUACUUUUCACCUCUUUCCUUGUCUCGAAGUAGUUGAGUUGGUGAGGCUAGUGUGUGUGUGUGUGUUUUGCUUGCGAGACGGCAAAGAUGAAUUGUAACUUGACUCAGACUGAGUCGUCCCGAGUUGAAAAAAGAGUAGGAAACAUAAAUACAAAAAUGAGUUGAACAAAUUUCUUUUGUAA